CUCUGCUGGCCUCUCCUCAGACUGACGAUGGCUGAAGCCCAGCUGUUUGUAUCACAGGACGAGUUCUCCUGCACGGUGUGUUUGGACACCCUGACUGACCCUGUGUCACUGCACUGUGGUCACAGUUUUUGUCUGAAGUGCUUAACCAACUACUGGGAUCAGAGCCAAGUGUGCAGCUGUCCUCAGUGCAGACACACCUUCAUGCUGAGGCCUGAACUGAAGAGAAACACUCUGCUGAAUGAAGUCAUCAAGAAAUUAACGAAGACGACAAUCAGUCCUCCUCCUGCUCCUCCAUCUCAGAAUUAUGCCGGGCUUGGAGACGUGCAGUGUGAUGCCUGUACUGGGAAGAAGUUCAGAGCAGUGAAGUCCUGUCUAACCUGCAUGGCCUCCUACUGUCAGACUCACCUACAGCCUCACCUUGAAGGAGACGCCCUGAAGCACCACAAGCUGAUUGAUCCUGAUGGGAAUAUGAAGGAGAAAUUCUGUGAGAAACAUCAUAAAAGUCUGGAGAUGUUCUGUAAAACUGAUGAUUUGUGUAUCUGCAUGAUGUGUGUGGUGACUGGACAUAAAAAUCAUGAAAUGGUUGAGCUGGAAAUGGAAAGAGAAGAAAAACAGAAACAGACACUGAGUGACAUCAAGAGGAGACUUGAGGAGAGAGAGAAGACACUGAAGGAGACAAGGAGGACGAUGGAGGAGAUGAAGGUGAGUAGAAUAGGAAGACAACACUUCAUAUCAAAGAGAGGAGAAAUAAAUGAGAACUUGAAGAGCAGCAGAGCUUCAUUGGUGAUGAUGAUUUGGGACACGAGAAGGCAGAGUUAGAGAAGAUGUUUUGUGGUGUCCUUCAUGGCCUUUCACUGUUGACAGAAUCCCAUGUGUUAUUCAGUGGAGAUUCAGACAGCAUCACCCUAAAGUCCUCUGAUACUCCAUCCACUGCUUUUUCCCGCCACCCAUUUACAUACCGUUGGCUCCUCCCCCUACAGUCUGUUGGGCUCUCCAAGCGAG